AAACUGUCAUUUUCCCGAUAUGAAAAACAACGCCUCUAUCGAAUUUUAUGCUUCUGGAUCAAAAACAGACGACUAAAGUUUAUCUUUUUUGGGUAUCGUUUCCCUUGAAAUGUUCGGACUAUUCAACAACGGCUGAAUGUACCGACUGUUGUUGUGGGAGCUUGAACAUGUGACGACUCAAUAUCAAAUUCGAAUUACAAGGAACAUUCGGAGUUACAGCUCAAUGAUGAAAUUUUCCUCGACACUCUUAACUGUCGUGCAGUUUUACGACGCAAUUCUUGUAUUUUAUAAUGUUAUUCGAUGAUUCGAAACUAUGAUCGAUACAAUCUCUAUGAGGUGCCGAAGUGUAUGUCAUCUUUCCCUAUGUGAACGCGCUGCGUUUCUGUCGUGAGGUUCCCGGUCUCUGAUGUGUGCCGUUUCUGUUUUUCGUUCGUGUAAAUUAACGUGCCUUUUUCCUUUCGUUUUCGUUGUAACGCUCCGAAUUCGGUGAAAUUUUUGUUCACCGAGACCGUGCCCGUGAGAAAAUUCCAGUAAACGCUGUCCAGUCAAAUCUUUCCACGGGUUUCGUUUGCCUUGCGCCGAGAGUAGUGUCGCGUUUGACGUGAACAUUUGUUCCGUUCGGUGUAAAUUCUAGAGGUUUGAUAAUCAUGCAUUAAUGAAGGUGUAGUAGCUGAUAGUUACGAUAUGGCUGAGUACAGAGCGAGUUCGUACAGUGUAUCAUCGGGUGUGGGCAGUGAUUCGGAAAUUAUGGCCGAGCUAGCAGCAUUCCUGGGUCAGGAAAUCCCUGAGGGGAGAAGUAAUCUGGCUGACAAUCAUAUAAAUUUGGAGCGGGUUGCUGAUUACUGUGAAGCUAAUUAUUUUCAAGCGGACAAUAAAAGAAUAGCUUUGGAGGAGACCAAAAAUUUUACGACACAGUCAUUGGCCAGUGUAGCGUACCAAAUAAAUACUCUUGCUUAUAAUUUUUUACAACUGUUGGAUUUGCAAACAUCGCAAUUAGCUGAAAUGGAGAGCCAAAUGAAUCACAUCGCUCAAACAGUUAUGAUACACAAAGAGAAAGUGGCCAGAAGAGAAAUAGGUGUUUUAACAGCAAAUAAGAUUACAGUGCGUCAGUACAAAAUUAUUGCACCAGCAAUUCCUGAGAAACCAAUUAAAUAUGUUAGGAAAAGUAUUGAUUAUACAAUCUUGGAUGAUAUUGGACAUGGGGUACGCAGCAGUGGUACUCCAAGGAGUAAACAACGUGGUGGUAGUCAAGGAAGUGUCCAAAGUUUGGGUGCUGCUUCCACUGGUUCUGGGUUGGGUGCUGCUAUGGUAGGACCAGCACCAACCACAAAGCCCCCUACUCCUCCUCAGACAGUAAGAACUGGAACAUUAAGCAAAGGAUCAAGAGAAUAUAGGACACCACCCGCUGUAGCCCCACCCCAAGUUCCUAGUCAUUAUGCUCCUAAUUAUCCGUUAGGUCAUCCCAGAAGGGAGCGAGGUCCUGGUUAUAGUACCUUACCUUUACAUGCCCACACUACAUCUCACGCUACUCAUAAUGCUAACCACAAUGCCCACACAAACACUAUAACACAACACACUUCGCCACCUCAGGUAGGAACAGUUCACCCCCUCCAAAGUCAUCCGCAAACUCCACCACCUGCACCAUCCAGCGUGACUGCAGGAUAUGUUCAAGAGCAACACAAUAGUAUGCCUCCGCCACCAUCACCGUUGGUCGGUAUAACAGGUGACAUGUCGGAUUACGGUGGUCAUCACACUUUACCACACAGGCUCUCGCAUCAAAUUAGUCGAGGCAGCGGUGCGAGUAGUCCACCACUGCCGCCACCUCCACCACCUGAACAAGAGGAACACUCGCAAUUCGGUAGACCUAUACAAUCCAGCGGCGCUAUCAUGCCUAUUGUACCAGAUGAGGAGGACUUACCUGGAUGGGUGCCCAAGAAUUACAUCGAGAAAGUGGUUGCAAUUUACGAUUAUUACGCUGACAAAGAAGAUGAAUUGAGUUUCCAGGAAAGCUCUGUAAUUUAUGUAUUGAAGAAGAACGAUGACGGGUGGUGGGAGGGAGUCAUGGAUGGUAUAACGGGCUUGUUCCCUGGGAAUUACGUAGAACCCUGUGUUUAAUGCAUUAUCUGGCAAUCGAUUAUAUCAAAAUGGUGAAAAGUGAUCAUUUAAGGAAAGACUGGAAAUUAAAGGGUUCUGGUUUAAAGACCUCAUUUAGCACUAGCAAAUAAUUGCGGCUGCUUAAGAUCAAUAUUGGUCGAUGUAAUAACGCAGAACGGUGUAAAGUAGAAUGGUACCCGAUAGGCUGAUACUGCGAUCACAGGUUAUUUUUAAGAACUUCAAAUAUCACACGAGUUUUUCUAAAAAAAGAAGAAAAAAAGAAUCAAACUAACCUUUGUAUUAACAUGAGAAAGUGUAUUUUUCGGUAAAUAGUAUUUCCUUCGGUGAGCUUUAUUUUAUCUCGAUCUCUCAAGGAUCGUAUUUAUAUACGUACAUAUGGAUAAGGACAUAUAAUUGUUAUUCCACUAUACAACACACCCACAGUUAGCUGUAUUUAUACGUAUUAGGUGUAAUCAAGGUGGCGUUAGCGAUAGGCUAUCGUGUAAUCAAAAUACCAAACGUCCUGUUAACGAGAAUCCUAGGCGCCUUACAUUCGAACGCGAUUUAGCGGUAUGAAUUGCUUUCCAGGAAUCGAACGUGUCCAGACUGGGAUGCCUAGUGUAAUAUAAGUUUAGUUCUUACGGUAGUUAAUUCUGUACUCUUCUCAGUAUUUUAUUUCUCCUAAAAUAAAGUGCGAAAGUAAUCCUUGCCACUCCGAAGGUCGUUUCCACAAUCCUGUUCGUCACACCAAGUCAGCGUAGCGUACCCAUGGUACAGUCAAUUAAUAUAUGUAUCAUUUAGAACGCAAUCAUUUCAUUUAACCAGCCACUGGGGUGCUGAGCCGAGGUACAGAGGUAAGAGGUUUCGCAUAAUAAUCGCACAUUGUGCGGUGCUAAUUAAGUCAUUAGCACACUGUUGAAACAGUUAUAAGUACCGUGUAAUUGGCUAGGUAACGUGCCGGUCGUGUCCUCCCUCGUUUCCCUCGUUGAUGUACUUUAAAUUUCCCUUUAUACGCUUCGAGAUGCUUGCAUAGACAAUAAGGGGCUCGUUUCCGCGAGGAUUAUGCACUUCGCAAUUACUGCCGGUGUAGGAUUUAUAGACGAUGGGAGGAGGCAGUACGGGAGACAGGAGAAUAGAUUUUUCAGGUUCGUCGCAGAAUUUUUAAUCGUCGUUGUUAUUUACUGGCAACGGACUAAGUGAAUGUACCACCAUGAUUGUAUUUAUA